AUGAGCUCAAAUCAAAAAUGUCGUGUAUACGUCGGCAACCUUUCGUGGAAGGUUAGAUGGCAAGACCUUAAGGACCACCUUAAACAGGCUGGGAAGGUUUUACGGGCUGAUAUAAUCGAGGACUAUGAGGGAAGGUCUAAGGGCUGUGGUCUUGUCGAAUUUUCCACUCCUGAAGAGGCUAUGACAGCAAUUAAAGAGCUGAAUGAUACAAUGUUGAUGGAUCGACGUAUAUUUGUUAGGGAGGAUAGGGAAGAGAAUGGCACUUAUUCUCAGAGGAGGGAUAAGGAUUUUAGGUCUAAGCAGGAUAACGGUUAUGAUAGAAACAAUUCACGCGAUGGAUAUUCGAAGGGAAAUUACAGUAACGAUGGAGUGUGUGUUUACGUUACAAAUCUCCAAUGGAGAACACCAUGGCAUAGUCUAAAGGACCUGUUCAAAACCUGCGGUGAUGUCAUCAGGGUUGAUGUAUUGACAUAUGAUGACGGCAGGUCAAAAGGAGUGGCUAGAGUUAUUUUUGGAGAUGAAGCUUCAGCUAGAAAAGCAAUUUCUACGUACAACGAUUACCUUGUAGAUGGGAGGAGGAUAAACGUGAGAUUUGACAACGAGAGGCCCCCUCCAAACAGUAGCACCUAA